UUGGUAGAAAUGAAGGGGUGGGUCUAUGGUACAUCACCUGAGUUGUGGGGUAAAUGUAGAGAGUGUCAAUCAAAGGCAGAGCUCAGAGCUGGGAAGGAGCUCUAGAUGGCGGCUGUGCCUUAGAGAGAGCGCGCUCAGCUCCGUGCCUUCCCCAACACUUUACGCAACUUUCCCUAACUUUCGGGCAGCCUCAGGGGGCCCCCACAGCCCCUUGCCUCUCCUAGGCACUAAUCGGGGGCCGAGCGGACCUUUUUCGGGCAGAAAAGCAGCUUUUUAGGGCUCCCUUUUCGUGCCUUGCUGGAAAGAAGAAGCCGUGGAGAGAGCCCAGGUCGUUGUUUUUCCAGCUUAGAAGCCAUGGCGUACCUCCAUUUUUGUGCGCUCUCCUAAUGAGCUUUUUCCCCCGGACAUUUUUGUACUAAUUAUCGCUUCUUUUGCUUUAUCGGCAGCGUAUUUUUGGGAUUAGAAUAUAUAUUUUUUGUCAUUAUCUGAAAUUCGUAUUUUAUCAUUCUGAGUCUAAAUAUUUUGGAUCUAAUGUUUUUCCACUACCCGAAACUAAUAUCGACUUGAUCCUGGCGGCGGUGCAUGGAUCAGUAAAUACCUGGGCACAGGACUUCAAAGCAAACAGACACCCCUGACCCCCUCUUAAUAUUUAAGAAUAAAAAGAUGAUGAGAAAUAAGGACAAAAGCCAAGGAGAGGAGGGUUCAGUCCACAGCAAUGCAUCGAGUCACUCGGCAUCCGAAGAAGCCUCUGGCUCUGACUCUGCGAGCCAGUCUGAAAGCGAGCAGGGCAGCGAGCAGGGCAGCGAGUCAAACAGCAGCUCGGAGUCCUCCGAAAGUCAGUCUGAAUCCGAAAGUGAAUCAACGGGUUCCAAAUCCCAGCAGACCCCUCCUGAAACCAAAGAAAAACCGGCCUCUAAGAAGGAAAGGAUAGCAGAUGUUAAAAAGAUGUGGGAAGAAUAUCCUGAUGUUUAUGGGGUUAGGAGGUCAAACCGAAGCAGACAAGAACCAUCGCGAUUUAAUAUAAAAGAUGAGGCAAGUAGCGAAUCUGAAAAUGAGAGCCCAAAAAGAAGAGGCCAGAAACAAAUGAAAAAAACAAAUAAAUGGAAAAGAGAGGUCUCUGGUGAAGAAGAAGAUGAAGAUGGAGGGGAGCAAGGCACCAGUGCAGAGAGUGAGCCUGAACCAAAAAAAGUUAAAGCAAGAAGACCCGCCCAAAGGAGAACAGUGGCCAAAACCAGUGUUAAAAAGCCUCACAAACCCCAACGUGGGAAGAAGAGAAAGAAACAAGACUCAUCUGAAGAUGAUGAUGAUGAUGAAGAUGAUGAGACUCCCAAGAGACAAACUCGACGAAGAGCAGCCAAAAAUGUCAGUUACAAAGAAGAUGAUGAUUUUGAGACGGAUUCUGAUGACCUGAUAGAGAUGACUGGGGAAGGAGCUGAUGAACAGCAGGACAACAGUGAAACUAUUGAGAAAGUCUUGGACAUCAGGCUUGGAAAGAAAGGAGCCACUGGUGCUUCCACCACAGUGUAUGCAACUGAAGCCAAUGGCAACCCGAGUGCUGACUUUGACCCUGAAAAGGAUGAGGGAGAAGUUCAGUACCUGAUCAAAUGGAAAGGCUGGUCAUACAUCCAUAGCACAUGGGAAAGUGAAGAGUCCCUGCAGCAGCAGAAGGUGAAGGGCCUGAAAAAACUAGAAAACUUCAAGAAAAAAGAGGAGGAGAUCAAGCAAUGGCUGGCCAAGGUAUCACCUGAAGAUGUGGAAUAUUUCAAUUGCCAGCAAGAGCUAGCUUCAGAGUUGAACAAACAGUAUCAAAUAGUGGAGAGAAUAAUUGCUGUGAAGACCAACAAGUCUGCAACAGGACAUUCCGAGUUCCCAGCGAACAGUCGCAAAACAUCCUCAAAUGACCCUGAAUACCUCUGUAAGUGGAUGGGGCUGCCCUAUGCAGAAUGCAGCUGGGAAGACGAGGCUCUGAUAAGCAAGAAAUUUCAGCACUGCAUUGACAGCUUCAACAAUCGUAACAACUCCAAAACUAUUCCAACCCGGGACUGCAAGGUAUUGAAGCAGAGACCUAGGUUUGUUGCCUUGAAGAAACAGCCUUCUUACAUUGGUGGUGAGAACCUGGAGCUGCGAGAUUACCAGCUGGAGGGCCUCAACUGGCUCGCUCAUUCAUGGUGCAAGAACAACAGCGUGAUCCUGGCUGAUGAAAUGGGCCUGGGGAAGACUAUUCAGACGAUAUCCUUUCUGUCAUACCUCUUCCAUCAGCAUCAACUGUAUGGUCCUUUCCUGGUGGUGGUGCCCUUAUCAACUCUGACCUCAUGGCAGAGAGAAUUUGAAGUGUGGGCACCUGAGAUAAAUGUCGUCGUUUACAUCGGAGACCUUAUGAGCAGGAACAUGAUACGUGAAUAUGAGUGGAUUCACUCUCAGUCUAAAAGGUUGAAAUUUAAUGCACUUAUCACAACAUAUGAGAUCCUCCUCAAAGAUAAGGCUGUUUUGGGAAGCAUUAACUGGGCCUUUCUAGGCGUGGAUGAAGCCCAUCGGUUGAAAAACGAUGACUCUUUGCUGUACAAAACUUUGAUUGAUUUCAAGUCUAACCACAGGCUGCUGAUCACGGGCACCCCACUUCAAAAUUCCCUCAAGGAGCUUUGGUCCCUGCUGCAUUUCAUCAUGCCGGAGAAGUUUGAGUUCUGGGAGGAUUUUGAAGAGGAUCACGGGAAAGGUAGAGAGAAUGGUUACCAGAGCCUUCACAAAGUCCUGGAGCCGUUUCUCCUACGCAGAGUGAAGAAGGAUGUGGAGAAAUCUUUGCCAGCCAAAGUGGAACAGAUCCUUCGUGUGGAAAUGUCUGCCUUGCAGAAGCAGUAUUACAAGUGGAUUUUGACAAGAAACUACAAGGCUCUUUCAAAGGGAACAAGGGGCAGCACAUCUGGCUUCCUUAACAUUGUGAUGGAGUUGAAAAAGUGCUGCAACCACUGCUACCUUAUCAAACCUCCUGAGGAAAAUGAGAGAGAAAAUGGCCUUGAGACCCUGCAGUCUCUGAUCAGGAGCAGUGGAAAGCUAAUUCUCUUGGACAAACUGCUGACCAGGCUGCGUGAGAGGGGCAACAGAGUGCUGAUCUUCUCCCAGAUGGUGAGGAUGCUGGACAUCUUGGCAGAAUACCUGACUAUCAAGCACUACCCCUUUCAGCGCUUGGACGGCUCGAUCAAAGGGGAGAUCCGAAAGCAGGCACUGGACCACUUCAACGCCGACGGCUCUGAGGAUUUCUGUUUCUUGCUGUCAACACGAGCUGGAGGGCUGGGUAUUAAUCUGGCCUCUGCUGAUACUGUUGUUAUCUUUGACUCGGACUGGAACCCCCAAAAUGAUCUUCAGGCUCAGGCCCGAGCUCACCGGAUCGGACAAAAGAAGCAGGUGAAUAUUUACCGACUGGUCACAAAGGGAACGGUAGAGGAGGAAAUCAUUGAGAGGGCCAAGAAGAAAAUGGUCUUGGAUCAUUUGGUAAUCCAGCGUAUGGACACCACUGGCCGGACUGUUUUGGACAACAACUCCGGGCGAUCCAACUCAAAUCCUUUCAACAAAGAGGAGCUGACAGCUAUUCUGAAGUUUGGAGCUGAAGAUCUCUUCAAGGAGCUUGAAGGGGAAGAGUCAGAGCCUCAGGAGAUGGACAUUGAUGAGAUUUUACGUCUGGCUGAAACACGAGAGAAUGAGGUUUCCACCAGUGCCACCGACGAGCUCCUCUCGCAGUUCAAGGUGGCCAACUUUGCAACCAUGGAGGAGGAAGAGACAGAGCUGGAUGAGAGGUCCCAGAAGGACUGGGAUGAUAUCAUUCCAGAGGAGCAGAGGAAGAAGGUGGAGGAGGAAGAAAGGCAGAAAGAAUUGGAGGAAAUCUACAUGCUGCCUAGAAUCCGGAGCUCGACUAAAAAGGCUCAGACAAAUGACAGCGAAUCAGAUGCAGAAACUAAGAGAAGGCUUCAGAGAUCAUCUGGAUCAGAAAGCGAGACUGACGAUACGGAUGAUGAGAAGAGGCCAAAGCGCAGGGGGCGGCCACGGAGCGUUAGGAAGGAUACUGUGGAAGGAUUUACUGAUGCUGAAAUCAGGAGGUUUAUCAAAGCUUAUAAGAAGUUUGGACUGCCUCUUGAACGGCUGGAGUGUAUUGCUCGGGAUGCUGAGCUGGUGGAUAAGUCUGUAGCUGAUUUGAAACGGUUAGGGGAACUCAUACACAACAGCUGUGUGUCAGCAAUGCAAGAAUAUGAGGAGCAGCUGAAAGAAAAUCCAGGUGAAGGGAAAGGACCUGGGAAAAGAAGAGGUCCUACUAUCAAGAUUUCUGGUGUCCAAGUCAAUGUGAAAUCUAUCAUCCAGCAUGAAGAGGAGUUUGAAAUGCUGCAUAAAUCCAUCCCCACAGACCCAGAGGAAAGGAAGAAGUACCGCCUGACGUGCCGUGUCAAAGCUGCCCAUUUUGAUGUAGACUGGGGAGUGGAGGAGGAUUCUCGCUUGUUAGUGGGAAUUUACGAGCAUGGUUAUGGAAACUGGGAGCUAAUUAAAACAGAUCCGGAAUUGAAGUUAUCUGAUAAGAUCCUACCUGUUGAGACAGAUAAGAAACCUCAGGGAAAACAGCUCCAAACCCGGGUUGAUUAUCUACUGAAACUGCUGAAGAAAGAUCUGGACAAGAAAGAAAACAUGAAAGAUGGGGAAGAGGGCAAGCUGAAGAAGAGGAAGCCACGGGUAAAGAAAGAGAACAAGGCUCCCAAAGUCAAAGACGAGCAUGGGAAUGAACUCUCCUCUCCUCGGCAUUCAGACAACCAGUCAGAAGAGGGUGAAGUCAAGGAGGAUGGCUUGGAAAAGAGCCCAGUGAAAAAGAAACAGAAGAAGAAAGAGAACAAAGAGAACAAGGAAAAACAGACAACCACUAAGAAAGAAAAGGAAAGUGAUAAAGAGAAAAAGAAAACAAAAGACAAGAAAGAAAAGCCUAAAGGUGGUGAAACCAAAUCUGGAAGCAAAGGGAAGAGAUCUCAAGGUCCCGUCCACAUUACAGCAGGGAGUGAACCGAUCCCCAUUGGAGAAGAUGAGGACGAUGAUCUGGACCAAGAAACAUUCAGCAUAUGCAAGGAAAGGAUGAGACCAGUGAAGAAAGCAUUGAAGCAACUAGAUAAGCCUGAUAAGGGACUGACGGUUCAAGAACAACUGGAGCACACACGCAACUGCCUCCUAAAAAUUGGGGACCGCAUCUCUGAGUGCCUUAAAGCUUACACUGACCAGGAUCAUAUCAAGCUAUGGAGAAGGAACCUAUGGAUAUUUGUGUCGAAGUUCACAGAAUUUGAUGCCAGAAAACUGCACAAACUCUACAAGAUGGCUCAUAAGAAAAGAUCACAGGAAGAGGAGCAGGAGCAGAAGAAGAAGGAGGACAUGUCUGGCAUGAAGAAGCCGUUCCGCCCAGAGCCAUCAGGCUCCAGCCGCGAUUCUGUGAUGUCUCAGUCUCACGUGCCUCACAAUCCUCAUUCCCAGAAGCUCCACAUGCCCCCUUCCCAUGCCCAGCAGCAAAUGCACGGGCACCCGCGUGACAACUACGGCCAUCCCAACAAGAGACAUUUCAGCAACACAGACCGAGGAGACUGGCAGAGGGAUCGAAAGUUCAACUAUGGUGGCAACAGCAACCAGGUGUGGGGUGGGGAGCGGCAUCACCAGUAUGAACAGCACUGGUACAAAGACCACCAUUAUGGGGAUCGGCGAUCUCGCGGAGAGCCCCAUCGAAGCUCUGGGAACUACAGACCAAAUAACCUCUCCCGCAAGAGGCCAUAUGAGCAGUACAACAGUGACCGAGACCACAGAGGCCACCGCGAUUAUUAUGACAGGCACCAUCAUGAUUCCAAGCGUCGACGAUCGGAUGAGUUCAGGCCUCAGAAUUACCACCAGCAGGAUUUCCGACGGAUGUCUGAUCACAGGCCGCCCAUGGGAUACCAUGGCCAAGGACCUUCGGACCAUUAUCGGUCCUUCCACACAGACAAAUCAGGAGAUUAUAAACAGCCUCUCCCUCCACCUCACCCUGCGGUAUCGGACCCUCGCUCGCCCCCGUCUCAGAAAUCCCCUCAUGAUUCCAAGUCACCCCUCGAUCACCGGUCACCCCUGGAUAGGUCGUUAGAACAGAAAAAUAAUCCAGAUUAUAACUGGAAUGUACGGAAAACAUAAAGUGACCAAGAGGGGAAAGUGUACGUCUGAAAUAUUUGGUCUGAUGCAACAGCGGCUGGUUUCUCAAACCAGUAACCAGAAACUCUGAACAUGCUGCUAUCAUCUUGCUGGGUCAAGGAGGAUUUUGGGGGAGCAGGUGGAGGAAGGUUCUCCUUAGCUCUCAGUUCUGGUCUGGAUUCCGGUUUCAUUUCCCCCCUUCUCCAGUUGAACGUUGGAACCAGGCUUGCUGCCUGCUGGGAGGAACGGGUGACAUCCUUUGCUUUGGUUUUGUUUUCCCCGGUCUGAUGGACCUGAGUGAAUUCUUCCCAGCCGCAGAGUUUCCCCAGAACCAAGAAGGCGGAUUGAUGCUGCUUAGAUUGUGCAGAUGGCUGUAUGCCUGCUCUGACUUGAUGUUACAUGACAGAUGCUGCUUUGGAAUUGGGGAUAAACUGGUUGGGCUGGGCUUUGCAUGUAACCAGCAUAGGGCAAUGGGAAGAUAUAUCCAAGGAGAGACAGGAGAGUCCUUCAAGAGCCAAUUUUCCUAUUGCAGGGUUUGGCUGAAAGGGGGGCUCAACGUCUCUGCAGAGUGACUCCAAAGGAGUUGGACCCAUGCUGGUGACAAUCCAUCGCUUUCCUGGCCAAUUAGCAUUUCUUAUGUCUCUAUCCAUUUCAAGAAACUGGCUCUGCUUUGAGUGCCAUUGUGUCCCCGCAACAGAAGAGGUGCAGGGAAUCCUCCACCCACCUCCAGGGCUGGAACUGGGUGAAUCUUGGCUCCAGGGGGCUUGAGGUAUGUGAAGAAGAGACAGGCUUCCUUAGUCAAGGCUUAGUUCACUUCUAAGCAGUAGGAAAGGAAUUGGGGUGAGAACAGUAUUUCCCAGUGGAUAAGGCUCAGGAAUUCGUAACAAAUCUCCUCUCCUGACACUGGCAGCUUGGAUGGUCCAGGAAUUAAUACAGACCAUGCUGGCUGGAAGCAGCAAGGUACCAGUGCAAAAGAUGGCUCUGGGCAUUUGGGGAUCCUGAUGUUCCUAACCUCCCUGCCACUGAAGUGCCCCAGUCUUUGUGCAAGCCAUUUCUCUCUGUACUUCACAAAACAGUGAUCACAAACCUUUACAGCAACUUAAGGGAGGAUAGAGCAGAGUUAAAUAGGAAUCCAGUGGACUGAUCACCGUCCAGCGAAUGAUCACCUCCCUGCCACUGUUCCAGCAAGCAGCAGUAACUCUGAAUUGGUAAAAGUAGCUGCACUAAAAGAUCUCCUGACUCUCUCAGUUGGAAACAUGCCUGAGGGCCUAGCACCUAAGUGAAGAGAGGGAGGAGUUCAGGACUCUUGGUACUUAAAAAUUCCUGGAGCAAAUGUCUUAGGAACCCAACACAGGCAGAGGGAGAAGAAUGGUUUGCAGUCCAGCUGAAUGGACUUCAGAGCAAACAUUCAUCCAAGUAUUAGAAUCACAGUAUAUUAUGAAUUAUGUCCAGCCUGGAGACUGUAAUAUGGUGAUAGUGGUUACAGCACUGAUUGCUGGCCAGAAGUAGACUGGGUGAUUUUUUAGGCUGUAGCUCUUUAUUAAUAGAGUCAUGUCCCUGGAGCUUAAAAAGCUGCUGGGCUGCCCAGAGCAUGGUGUCUGGGGAUGCGUCUUGUUUCCUGGAGCUCAGUAUUAAAAAUCAGGCUGGUUCCACACUGCUCCUUUUGGUAGGGGGCAAAUGUUGGGCCUCCUUUUAAGAUGCCAGUAUAUGACCCUAAUAAGCUGUGAUGUCCUUUCCCUGAAAAAUGGAGGGGAGAUAGGUGUUCAGGGCUGGCUUGUCUGUCUUGCAGCUGUUGUGGCUACUGCAGCUAGCACUUUGGAAGGCCGCACACAAAUCAACACUAAUAACCCCUGCAUCUCCCAUCUGCUUGGUGCUGAAGGAGUUACGUUCCUUGAAAUCCGUUGUGAUCAUGGCAUGCUCACUCUGUUCUGAGCCCACUGGUUUAGCUGGCACAUGUCCCGUUAAACCCUUCAAGAGAGCAUCCAUGAUUUGCUGCACACGGAGCAGUUGCACGAUUGCCCAUCGUUGUGCCACAAGAAGAAUGGCUGCAUGCUUGCAUUUUGCUCUCCAGCUGGAGUUUUCUUAACCCCCUACUGCAAUACUCAAAAAAAGGGGUAGCCCUCUGACGUAUGUCCCAUCAGUGAGAAUUCUGGCAAGCAGGAGACCUCUUGGGGCCAAUCUCAAGGUAGAUGUAGAGAGACAUCAAAUCAUGGCUCUGGAAGGCAAGGAAGUGUUCUGCUCCCUUUUUCUUUUCUUUUUUUCUUUUUCUUUUCCAAGCUUUGCACCGAACUUACCAAAAGCAGGGCAGUUUUGCUUCUGUAGGAGUGAACCCGUAAAGGCAGCAGUGCACUGCCCUGAAGAAGUGUUACAUGUGUAUUUGUGCAGUAGGAGAAGGCAAGUCUUCCAUGGUCUCUGUUGGAGUUGAAAGAUGAUAGGAGGAGUUCAGAUAAUGUGUUUCCGCUGCGUUUUUUACUAAGAUGUGUUGACAGGUGCACCUGCUGCAGUGUUCAACAAAGAGGUCCUCUCUUUUCAGAGGUAUUAGCUUUUAAUGUGAAGAUGGAAGAAACCUCCUCACUCAGAGGGGCAAAGAGGAAUUGCUCUUUUCAUUCACAUUCACAAAGCGGUGCUAUCAUGAUGGAAAGUUUGUGCCAUACAGUUGUAGCAAAAGGCAGUACUGGCCAGACCAGUGUUACGGUUGGUGCAGGAAGACUUUGAACCCCAGCAAGAGGUAUUUUCUGUGUCUAUAUUUGAGGGGUUCUGCUUGUCCUGGGUUCCAGACAUGAAAUUUUGGGGGGUUUCUUUCUAGAAACCAGGGCAACAGCAAAAGCUUUAUCCAUAUUUGGUCCCCCUGCUGUCACAUUAGCUUGAUGCUAACCAGUCAUGUAGUUCUGUUCUCUCAUGGUGAGUGGGACUUCACUGGGUUUGGCCUUAAAGAACCUGGAGAGCUAGACUGGGGAGAGAGUCCUCCCCGAGCACACACCUGCAUUUUAUGUCCCCUCAAAAUAGGGACCAUAACCAGAUGUAGUACUUGGAUGUGAAUGGGAUUGGAGGGGACAGGUCCACAGCCAUAACCUUCACUAGGGUGUUUGUGGCAACAUCUGGUACAGCUGUUCUUUCCAAACCAGCUGCAGGAUUCCUCUAGCCUCUUUGCAGGAAAAGUUGCAAGCAGCAACUUGUUGGGUUUUAUUUUGUUUUGUUUUAAAAAAAAGAUUUUUUCAGCCUGGCCCUUUUGGAAAUGGUGUAAAGUUAUGAAUUCACAUGAUGGAAGUCCUGCAGAGUGAAAGCUGCUGCAGACAGGUGAUGCAGUGCCCAAUUGAAGUGGAUACUUAACAGCUCUGAAGUCCUUCUGAACAGUUUAAGUGAUCCACACAAAAGUACUAUUCUGCUUUCACCCAUUUCCUCCUGACCUCCACCUCCCCACCGGGGAGAGAAGGACUCUUACUGUAAAAUUGUGGACUUUUAAACCUGUUGACUAAAAACAGUAAUUAAUAUUAAUUUAUAUUUGUGAAAAAAUGCCACUGUCCUAGUGAUUUCUGAUGUAAAUAUGUUGUUUAUAUAGUAUGUAUUAAAUUUUCCUACAUUGUAAAACUGCUGUACUUUUGAUUCUUGUAUAUUAAAAAGUGUUACUGAGAUUUUCAGAACCUC